AUGCGCGGGUGCACAGAACGUUUGGUUGAUGUUAUGCAAUCCGAGUCGCGCCGGCAGGCUGCGCUCCAUAUAACAAAGACAACCACAUGGGAGGACCCUCGCAAGACAUUGGCAGCGCAAACGGUGGCCAGUGGUGUGCAGCAUCAAAGCGCGGAAGCCUUACUUACACAGACUCCCUCACCACAGAACCUUCCAACAGCCACUCCAGCAGCGAAGAGUACAAGUACCUCGGCGACGACGGACCCCCUAGGGCCGUUGCCGGACGGCUGGGAGCAAGCCACCACUCCUGAGGGAGAAAUUUAUUUUAUAAACCACGCCGCUCGCACAACGUCUUGGUUCGACCCUAGAAUACCGCAACAUUUGCAACGUACGCCGGCUGCGAAUGCCGGAGCGGCGGGCGGUGGGUGGGCAAACGCAUCGGUCCAAGCAUGCCAACAGAAACUGCGUCUACAGUCAUUACAGCUCGAGCGUGAACGACUGAAACAGCGCCAGCAGGAGAUACGGCUCCAGCAAGAAUUAAUGGCGCGGCAAUCUUCAUCCAUCGUGUCUUCCUUGACAAAUAGUACCGCGGCGAGCACAGACCUAUCUCUGGACCCCUUCCUCCCAGGUCUCAAUGACCAUCAACGUCAGGAGUCAGCUGAUAGCGGCCUGGGCAUGGCCGUGUCACAAUCCUACUCCAUGCCCCAUACUCCGGAAGGUUUUUUGGGCAUGGAUGACCGCAUGGACUGUACCAGCGAGGCCGGCGCUAACCUCGAUACAGAUAUGGCAUUGGGAGACACGGAUGAUUUGUUGGGUGACUUCACAAAUGACAUACUUCUGGACGAUGUGCAGUCGCUGAUCAACUCCACGCCAAACAAACCAGACAACGUUUUGACAUGGCUUUAG